AUGUUGAAAAACGCAUUCAUUGUUUUACUUUUAGUGAACUUUGGUCUUGGUUUACGAACUAAUACAGCUCAAAUAGUUGCAGAAGAUGAUCAAGUUGAAAUUACUCUUACUGUUGAUGAAGAAACCGGAACAGUUUGUGCAAGUUGCAUUAGCAUUGAAGAUGCAGAAUCUUUAAUGACUGGAGAAUCUACCCCUGUAAUUACAGUUGUGGAACCAGAAGAACCAAGUGAACCUUCAACUGAAGAGCCUAGCGAGCCUUCAACUGAAGAACCUAGCGAACCUUCAACUGAAGAACCAACCACUGAGGAACCAACUGAACCCUCAACUGAAGAGCCUGAAGAGCCAACCACUGAGGAACCAACUGAACCUUCAACUGAAGAACCAACUGAACCAACAACUGAAGAGCCUUCAGAACCAACCACAGAAGAGCCUACUGAGCCUUCAACUGAGGAACCAACAACUGGAGAACCAGAAGAACCAACCACUGAGGAACCUGCAGAACCUACUGAACCAACCACUGAGGAACCUACUGAACCAACCACUGAGGAACCUACUGAGCCAACCACUGAGGAACCUGCAGAGCCUACUGAACCUACAACUGAAGAGCCAGCAGAGCCAGAAGAGCCAGCUGAGCCAGAAGAGCCUACAACUGAAGAACCUACUGGAGAAACCGGCGAAGGGGAAGGCACUGUAUCAUGCCCUACCACUAAUCCAACUGAAGCUUUAGCAACAAUUUCUUGGAACAAGAAAAAUGUAAGAGUUUACCAUGCUCAUGAUGGAGUAGUAGAUGAAUGGUGUUAUGACGGCGGUAGUUGGUAUGUUGGUUCAUUCUACGCUGUUGGAAAAACAGUAUCAGCAGUUGCUUGGAACACCGUAAAUAUUAGAGUUUACGUUGGCGAUGGACUCAAUAUUGUUGAAUACUGCUGGGACGGAAAUGGAUGGUAUGUAGGUUCAUUCACAGCUGAAGGAGUUGUUACUGGAUCUACCUCAUGGCUAAAUGGAUCAAGCAUCAUAAUCAAAGUUUACGUUAAAACACAUGCUGGACAUAUUGAAGAGCAUACUUACAGCAAUGGAUGGUCUGUCACAUCAACUAUUGUUUAG